GAAAAAAGUGCACCCAGGGGGCCUCAGGACAGAGUUUGGGAAGCCCUGAAUCAGGCCAUACCUUUUUAAAGUUUCUUUCUGACUAUUUGGGCAAAACCCUGACAUGUCUGGUCCUACCUGGCCGCCUCCGAAGACUCCGGAUAGCCCGGAGAGACCCGUCCCCCAGAUGUCCGACUCUGGACCAGCCGUGAACAGACAGCCGCCCAAGAAGGUCUCCUCGGACACCCGGCCCAAGUAUGUGGUCCAUGACCAGAACAGAGGAGGAGGCGGAAUGGCCACUAGGUACUUGGCUACAAGAUCCACAGCUGGGCCCAUGCAGCACCACCACCAAGAGGACCCAGGGUUUCACCCUAAAUCUAAUGACCACUACUACCAACCACCUCCCCAAAGGCUCAAAGAAGACCAAUCCUUGAACCCUCACAUGGACCGCUACCAGCUGAUGCACCGGGGACCUCCUAAGAAGCUGAUUGGACACCACUCCAGCAGUGAUGCAGAGAUUGACUCGCUCACAUGCAUGCUGGCCGAUCUGGACAGCCAUCCACAAAACAGCGCACAGCUUAAUGACAGCAUCUCAGGGGAUCGCUACAAAGCCUCAGCCCAGCCAGGAGCAUUCCCUCAGGGCAGGCCGUCCAUGGGUUUCCCCCCUCACCCCCAACCCCAGUACCGUCGUACACCCCCCUACCCCAGUGAUCCCCAACAGGGUCUCCAGUACUUCCCCCAGCCACACUACACCGAUGCCCAGGUCUCCAAACGGUACCCCCAGCCUGUCCCCGCCUCCUACACUACCGCCCUUACUGGCCCGAGGUUCAGUGUCCAGGUCAAAACAGCCCAGCCUGUCACCUACUCCCAGACUGGUAGGCAAGCCGAGCAUGCUUACACCCCUCCCUCACCCCGCCAGCACGCGUUGCGUUCCCCACCCAAGAAUCAGACUGGCCCCCAGGGCUGGUACCCUCCCCACCCUGCAUCCCAAGUCCAGGAGCUGCACUCUGAGAGGGGUUACAAGGGGAGUGUCGCAGGGUCUGGAGGGAGAGUCACCCAGUGGCCCAUGUCCAAUAGAGGCCCAGAGACUCAUCAAUCAGGGUCAGGCUCGGCACCAAGCUCCGCCUAUCAGCCCAGUAAGCAGGGGACAGCAGCUCCGAGGCCAGAGGAGGAGUUGGUCCAGCUCACUAAGAAGUUUGUGUAUGACAUGAAUCAUCCCCUUACAGAGGAAGACUUUGGUCGCUGUGCACGUUGCGGCAACAACGUCCUUGGUGAUGGCAGCGGCUGUAUCGCCAUGGAGCAGGUGUUCCACCUGGAGUGUAUAACUUGCAUCACCUGCCACACUCUUCUCCGGGGGAAAACGUUCUACGCCCUAGGCAAGCAGAGCUACUGCGAGAGCUGUUAUAUUAGUGUCCUAGAGCGCUGCUUUAUGUGCUCCAAGCCCAUCCUGGACCGUGUCCUGCGGUCCAUGGGCAAGGCCUACCAUGCGCGCUGCUUCAACUGCGUGGCGUGUGGCUGCUCCCUGGAUGGUGUGCCCUUCACCGUGGACGCCACCUACCAGAUCCACUGCAUGGACGACUUCUACAGGAAGUUUGCCCCUCGCUGCUCAGUGUGUCGCCAUGUUAUCGUACCUGAGCCGGGCCAGGAUGCGGCGGUCAGUAUAGUGGCGCUGGGCCGCAGCUUCCACGUCAACUGCUAUGGGUGUGAGGAGUGUGGUCUGCCCCUGUCCUUUGAGGGUGAGGAGCGAGUCUGUUACCUCCUGGAUGGUCACAUCCUAUGUCAGGGCUGCAGCGCCCGGCACAUCCAGAUCCCCUCACCAAAAAAUCUCCACUGACUGAUAACCAACUAGGAAGUCACCUCUGACUUUUAACCAAUGACUCUUCCAUUACUUUAAUCUGCACUGCGGUAGAAGUUGCCCUAAGUAAUAGAUCUGGAAUCAGUUAUACUCAUAUUCAUAACUUUAAACACAAGGGGGAAAUGUUAAUCUGACUUGAGAUCAGUGUUGAAGGGCAACUUCAUCCCCCUUCACUUUUAUCCUCUCAUAGCCUUUCUUUAUACUUCAGAUGCCCAAAGCUGAGGAAUCAGUAGUAGUUGGCCUACUAUUGAACCUCAAUCUGACAGUCUUCAAUAUGAAGUCAUUAUUUAAUUUCCCUUGACCAGGUUUAUUUGUACAGUUUCAAGACAGGGUAUUGAAACCUGGAUUGACAAAUAGUUAGACCCCUUUCCUUAUCCUCUGCUUUACACUAUCACCUGUAUAUAUAUUCUCUACCCCUACUCCCUUUCCACCACACCCUAUCCCCUACCCCUCAGUCCCAUAGCAGGACUGUAUAGAGCCCCUGACCUGCAGGCAGCAGGGGCUGCACUACCCCAAACCCUUGGUUGCAUCACUGCUCAUCUCUCACGCACUAUCCUGCAUGUUGCACAUGGUCUCUCACGCACGAUCCUACAUGUUGCACACUGUCUCUCACGCACGAUCCUACAUGUUGCACACUCUCUCACGCACGAUCCUGCAUGUUGCACACUGUCUCUCACGCACUAUCCUACAUGUUGCACACUGUCUCUCUCACGCUAUCCUGCCAGACCCGGGUGGGACAUGGAAGGAGCUCCAUGGAAAAUAAAGAUUGAUAGAUAUUCACGAUGUGGAGGAUCAUAAGUAGGAAAAUGAGGUGAUAUUGAGGAAGAGGAUAAUGAGGAAUACAAUGUCUUCCUGGCUGUUGGGUAACAGUCCAGAUAAUGGAACAUAUAUUUUGUAUACCACUAAAGUUAAUAACUGUGCGUAUCUGCCUCAUAAGCAAAGUGCACAUAUGCAAGGUAUUUCUGUGACCUGAGUUUAUAUUGCAGGUGGUUUUGGUUGUGGAGUGAAUGUGUUUGGAGACCAAGUGGGUGUAGUCAGUGUUGUGCAGUGAAUAAGAGUUUUUAGAAAAUAGAUGGUAAGAAAGAUUGGUUAGAGAACGAGAUCACUGAAGUUAAUGCUUUGAUGUUAAUAGUUUUGAUUUUAAAUGCAACCUUUUCAAUUUUACUAGGUAACUCUGUUAACCACACUAAUUUAGAAUGACGGCCUACCCCAGCCGAACCCGGAUGACGCUGGGCCAAUUGUGCCCUGCCCUAUGAGACUCCCAAUCAC